AGACCAAAGAAAUCAACCCACUCCAAUAAUGUCCAAUAGAAAGUAGACGGGGAGCUCGAAGGUCAUGCGUCCUAGCUGUUAUCCAUCAAAAAACUCCCUCUAGAAGUUAACACCACCGUCUGGGAAAGCACAAAUCAAAGAUAUCAAAUGUCUUUUCCAUCCAUCAGCAAAAUUCAGAAAUCACCUACUCCCUAAAAUCAACUUUCCCUCUUGAAAUUCCAAACGUUACUCUUCAUCAAAAACUCCUCCCAUUUCUUCCUCAGUAAUCCGACGCCUUCUCUCCCUUAGAUGUUCCGCCCACUGUCACUUCUCCUCCACCAUGGUCCCAAUUCCAGAAGGAACCCUAUACAUCAGAUAAGUAGAGACUCCCUUUUUAAUUCCUUCGGUAGCUAUGGCGUAAGCCACUUUGUUGGAUUCUCUGUUGAUAAAAUGAAAAGCACAGUAGUUGAAGCUUAAACUCCUGUGCUUAGAGUCUUUGAUAAAUGCUGCGAUUUUAGAUCUGUCAUCUUUUUCCUCAUGCAGUUUAUGAAUCACCGUCCUAGAGUCUCCCUCAACUUCCACUUCACUCAGCCCAAGAUGAAUGCCCAGUUCAAGAGCCUGGAGACACGCCAUCGCUUCAGCCGCAAAAGCCGACGCGGCAUCAAAGUUUAUUUUGACUCUCGAUCCAACCGGAGCUUCCCAUCUAUUUGGAGAGGAGAGUCGACUGGUGAGUACUCGGUUCGGAGUGGAUACAAGUAUCUACAUGAAGGCCAGAAUCAAUUACAGAUUAAUUACAAACAAUUUUACAAGCGCCUAUGGAAUCUAGAGCUGCCUUCUAAAAUUAAAAUUACAAUUUGGCGAUGCUCUCGUAACUAUCUGCCUAACUAUAGUAAUCUACACUAUAAACGGUUGAUGGGGCUUGCCACUUGCAGAAGAUGCCAUACGGGAGCGGAAACGAGAGAGCACUUGUUCAGAGACUGCCCUGUUGCAAAGGAAAUGAUGAUUACUUGCGCAUUAUGGGCGAUUUGGGCCAACAGAAACAGGUUUCUACAUGAAGGGGAAUCUAGAUCGGGAUCUCAGGUAGCAGAUUUUGUUUUAAACUAUCUAAAGGAGUUAGAUGAUUUGAAUCACUUUUUUCCGAUUUUUGAAGAGCCUAUUUUGUUGAAAUAUGAACAACUUUGAAUGUGUUGGAUUUGGACAAGCUUGAGAUUGAUAUUAAUUGUGUUAAAUAUGAAUCCUAUUUUCAGUCAAAUUUAAAAAAUAA